UUGAUUCAGUUGUGACCUAGAAACUCCAAGUUGACUUUUCUCGAUCGCCGUCUCAUAUCUUAGCUAGCAUACGUAAUAUUAUAUUUCUGAAAGCAUGGUUGAUUAUUUCUUAAUUCAUAUAAACCCAGUAUUUAACCUUUCCCAGAAAAAGACCUGGCAACCACUCUGAGGAAACAAUAUUUCAGUCUCAAAGGAAGGCAGGUUGGAGAAGAAGUGAAACCGAAAGAAAAUGAUUUCUGCGGCCCCAUCUGAUUGUCUCCAACCUAUGUUACAACAACAGCACCACCAAGGGUUGCAAAACUAUGAAGACCCUCAUCGGGUUUCUUCAUUUUUACUUGAACCAAACUCCCCGACAUCGUCGUUGGGCCCUGAGAAUCACUCAACCUCUCUCUUCUACAACCUCUCAGUUCUCAAAGAAAAGGUUCAUCAAGCCAAAUCACUAGUCAACAUCCUCAUCUCUCCAGACCAUCAUCAAAGUCAACCCCAUGAAUCAACCACCAUCGCCAUGAGCAAUGUCAUACAAGAAAUCAUCGUCACGGCUUCUUCAAUGAUGUUCACAUGUCAAAAGAUGGCCCUUGGUUCCGCUACUAUCCCAGGUAACAACACCAACAACGCUACUACUAGCACCACUACUGGUCAAGGUCUUAGUGAUCAUUGUGAUCAUAAUCGCUUAUCGCAAACAAACUUUGGCGUCACUGAUAGCAAUAAAAUUGAUCAAUCCUCCUUCUAUUCAACUCAUGAACAAACACUCGAUUGGUUUAGCGAUAGCUUCAAUGAUUGUACCACUAGAUAUACGAGUACUAGAAUUGUCAAUCAUAGUAGCCACAAUGAUAGGCAUGUGCAAGGCAAGGAAUUGCCUGUUUCUUGGAAAAACUACGACAUUAUUGAGCUUGAUGCUUCUGAUUUGUUGGCUAAAUACACCCAUUACUGUCAUGUCUGCGGCAAAGGGUUCAAGCGUGACGCGAAUUUGAGAAUGCACAUGAGGGCUCAUGGGGAUGAGUACAAGACGAGCGAUGCUCUAAGCAACCCCUUGAAGAAAAAUAACAACAAUAAUGAUACUGCAGGAGGCAUAGAUGGAAACACUGAGAGUUCAACGAAAUUGCCAAUAAAGUAUUCGUGUCCGCAAGAAGGGUGUAGAUGGAAUCAAAAGCACGCGAAGUUCCAGCCUUUGAAAUCAAUGAUUUGUGUGAAGAAUCACUACAAGAGGAGCCAUUGUCCCAAGAUGUAUGUGUGCAAGAGGUGCAACAGGAAGCAAUUCUCGGUGUUAUCUGAUCUACGCACCCAUGAGAAGCACUGCGGCGAUCUGAGAUGGCAGUGUUCAUGUGGAACAACAUUUUCAAGGAAAGAUAAGCUGAUGGGGCACAUCGCCUUGUUCACUGGGCAUACGCCGGUUAUGAUAACUUCUUUGACAAGGAGUGGGAAGGUUGAUCAGCAAAGCCAUGGAUCGCAGAUGCAAUUGGGAUGAAUCUUGAUGUUUGAUAUGCACGGUCUUAGAUGUUUGAUAUGCACAGUCUUAUCUUAUGUGUCAAUGAAAAUGUUUAGCUACAAUAAUUAGCAGUAUGGUUUGUGAGUUUAGCAUACACAUUGUAAUGAAUUAAACGUACUUAUUUAUUCUAGCUCUGAAACUUUCGAUUCAA